AUGGUCAAGACUGGAAUAGUCCGGCUGCCCAUCGCUGGCCUUUUGACGGCUGGGACGUUGGUAUCAAUUGCUGACUAUGCUUUCAUUCGACGAAUCCUGCUCGAGUCCGGCGGUAUGUUCCUCCGUGCUGUUCUCCAGAUGAAGUCGAGGUUGCGCAACGAUGAAAAGCCUGCCGCCUGUUUCUUUCGACCCCUCGCCACUCCUGCGGCGUCGGUGUAUGGUUAUACACGCGUAGCCGCUGUCAAUGCAGAGGACAACGAUGACGAUACACCCGAGACAGUGAAGAUGUUGCUGACGCUGUGCUGA